GACAAAGCACGGACACGGAGGAUGCAGGCAGGCUGGCGAGUAUAAAUCCGUCGUCCUGAAAGCGCGGCCCCAGUUCUCCUCUUCUCCUCCGCAUACCGCUUGCACCAUUCGCCGUCGUCAAGUAUCCACUAUGCAGAUUACGGCAUUUUUGACUUCCGUUUUCGUUGGUGCCGCUGCCGCAAGCCCACUCUCCUGCGAGAGCACCUGGGAAAUCCAUCAAGACAGUACCCUGAAAGAUCUUGCCGAUCUGAAGACCCACCCGGUUUGGGGCAAGACUUUCAACUCAUACUGCUCCUGUGCCAAUGCGGUUGCGGCGGUAUCGACACCCAAAGCCCCUUGGUUCGUUUGGAACACCUCCACCAAGAAGUGCUUUCCUAAAGGUCUGACUCCUUUCAACCAAGAAGGAGUGCAGCGUCUUGUGAUCCCCCCCAUGACUUAUGACGAAGCACGUAACAUUACCGAUCUCAGCGGUAGGUUUGAACCAUCCACGCCUUUGCAAAUACCAGACGGCCACAGGAUCAGUUCUGGGGACCCGGAAAACCUGGUAAAUACAAUAGGUCCAAAUAUGCACAAUCCCCCUGUGAACGGCGGUGUUAGUUAUGUAAAUGAAUUCACUCGAAAUGACAGGAUUAAAAAGGUUAAAAAACAUCUGAAACUCAAAAGCGUGUGGGCGCUGUGGGGAAGAGGGAAACCUCAGAAACAGCAGCAUUGCUUCCCAAAGGCUCCUUCGCAAACCCACCCACCCCAACCCAACUAUGUCAACUGCCUCCUCUCCUUUGGCCUCAGGCGCAACUACUCCUGCCAAGCGUCCUGCAACGCCCCUCACCACACGCCGGGUAGCCUUUUCCCAAGCACUGUUACCUUGGCUACACUCCACUUCUACGGCUUUGUCUUCUGUGCUACAGGGAUCGCAGCGGCAACGACAUGCCCGGACGCUAGCAAGAACCCAAAACUCCCACAAUACCUCCAGGAACAUUUGUCUCCCAUCCAGAGGCGCCAAGUGGACCCACUGAUUAAGUAUGAGGACGACGCCAGCAGCUCAAUGACUAAACAGACGGUCUACGCGACAGCGAUUAUGUUAUCCACUGGACAGGACCUUGAAAAGUUGGACUCUCAUUCCUACGGGGAACUUUCGGUCGAAAGACGCCUGUCGUCGAUGUUGGUUCGGUUUUUUCCCCUUGACUACGACGAAUACUCUGAAUACUCGAACGUCGAUCUUCCGCUACCUCGUACCACCGCCAUCGAAUGCACGCUGCCUCAACCGGACUACAUCGCCGCUGUGGUGCCCAAUAUGUCCUUCCCGCCAACCAAGGCCCUUGCCCUUCCGAUGUUUCCUCUGGAGGCAUCAGUUCAAGGUCUUCCGCAACUGGCUUGUGUGGCAAAGCCUGCUUUGGAUCUAUAUCGUAUAAUGGGUUUACCGGAACACCGCUGGCAUAUGUUCGGAGCCAUCGUCGGGUACCCUACGGAUGCGGUGCAAAGAAGGCAGGAGCUGUUGAAGCAACAAAUCCCGGAUGUCCCCCUUGCCGCGGCCGAGAACGACGCCUAUCUAGAAUUCGAGGAAGACAACGAGGACGAUGAUGACAACACCGGCUUUCUCGUCUAA